GUCUUGCGUAACAUAUCGCGUGACUUACUAGGUUAGUAACGUGAGGGAACGGACAGCAGAGAAGGCGGUGUUGAUGACGGUAGGAGGAGAUUGUGCGUUGUCGUCGUCUUCCGCGUUUCCCUGGAUUUCAACCACUGUUCUGAUUCCAUCGCGUCCUCUCCUUGCACGUUUUUACGCUCGGUCCACCCUCCCAAUUUACAUCGGAGUCCUGGGCCCCGGCGUACCGGCUCCAGCCAUGUCGGCGAGGAAUACAGCGGCUGGCGGCGGUGACGGAGCGACGGGGGAAAUGCCAGGAGACUCAUUAGAGGGAGAACCCCAGGGCCUCUCUGUCUCUCUGUCUGGUUUGAUGACCCCCGCCUCAGCCACCGGCAUGGCCUCAGGCAUGGAGCUGCCCAGGAAACGGAAAGGCAGCAUGGACAUCCUGGAAACAAAAUCUGCUUCAAAUCUAGAGGACGAUAUUGAGGACGAUCAGGGAAGAUCGGAAGGAGACGACCAGCACUUAAAAAUUAAAUGUGUCAGAGAACCUCACAGUCAGAUCGAGAAACGGCGGCGAGAUAAGAUGAAUAACUUGAUUGAUGAGUUGGCAGUGAUGAUUCCCACCUGUAACCCCAUGUCCCGCAAGCUUGACAAACUCACUGUGUUACGAAUGGCUGUCCAGCACCUCAAAUCACUCAAAGGAGCAACCAGCUCGUUUGCAGAAGCCAAUUACAAACCUGCAUUCCUCCCAGAUGAUGAGCUCAAACACCUUGUCUUAAGGGCUGCAGAUGGAUUUCUCUUUGUGGUUGGCUGUGACCGUGGGAAGAUAGUCUUUGUCUCAGAAUCAGUUUCGAAAAUCCUGAAUUACAGUCGGACGGAGUUAAUUGGACAGAGCCUGUUUGAUUAUGUUCAUCCUAAGGACAUUGGUAAAGUGAAGGAACAGCUGUCUGCCUCUGAACUCUACCCACGGGAGCGCCUCAUAGACGCCAAAACGGGAUUGCAGGUGCAGGCUGAGCUCCCCGUCGGAGCAGCUCGGCUCUGCUCUGGAGCUCGGCGCUCAUUUUUCUGCCGAAUGAAGUACAACAAAGUUACUGUCAAAGAAGAGAACGACUUCCAGGCUGGGGCUUCAAAAAAGAAAGAGUCACAGCGGUACUGCACUGUGCACUGCACGGGAUACAUGCGCACCUGGCCCACACGCCAGCUGGGAACGGAGGGGGAGGCUGAGACUGAUAAAGAGAGCUCCCACUUCAGCUGCCUGGUAGCAGUGGGCCGCGUGCACCCCCACACCCUCCCACAGGCCAACGGAGAGAUCAAGGUCAAGCCUACUGAAUUUGUCACCCGCUACGCCAUGGAUGGCAAAUUCACCUUUGUGGAUCAACGAGCCACCACCAUUCUGGGUUAUUUACCCCAGGAGCUGCUAGGCACAUCCUGCUAUGAAUACUUCCAUCUGGACGACCUGCCUCAUUUGGCAGAUAGACACCGAAAAGUGCUAAGGAGUAAAGAGAAGAUUGAGACAAACUGCUAUAAGUUUAAAACGAAAUAUGGCUCUUUUGUCACCUUACAAAGUCAGUGGUUUAGUUUUAUAAAUCCCUGGACCAAAGAAAUAGAAUACAUAGUGUCGACCAACACCGUAAUAUCCGGUAAAAGUAAUCCAGGUGGAUCAGGGGAUAAAUCUGAGCAGCCUAGCAGUUCCAAGGCCUCGGAGGAUGAUGCCAAGAAGUCCCAACAAGUUCCAAUCAUCCCAGGGAUCUCCAGUGCAUCAGGCAUGAUUUACGCUGGGUGCAUAGGGACCCAAAUUGCUAAUGAAAUAAUGGACUAUAAUAGGAUGAACUCCUCACCAUCCAGCGGCAAUACAAGUCCAUUCAGUUUACUGCAGGACAAGUCUCCACUGGCCCUUGCUCAGGCCAGCAGCAAUGUGCCAAAUGGAGAAGCGACAGAUGUGGAGAUGCCUGGCAAAUCAAGCUCAGAGGAGGAAGCGAGGGGUGGGACCUUCACAGCGGGAGAAAGUCUGAUGGAGGGGAGCUCUCAGUUGGAUCUGGAGGGGGUUCCUGGGUUAGGCGCUCUGAGCACUGACGAGGCAGCCAUGGCGGUCAUUAUGAGCUUACUGGAGACCGAUGCUAACCUGGGUGAUGCCGUGGACUUUGACGAGAUGCACUGGUCUCUGUGAACACAGCUCCAGUUUUUUUUUUUUUUUUUUUUUUUAAGACCCAUCUUAUCUGGAGCUUUUUAAAAUGAACCAUCCAUUGAUUUUCAUGUGGCAGCAAGCCUUCGAGAAUUCUUUGGCUUUCGUGUUUUUAAUUUAUUAGUGUCUUUUUAAUGUGUAUGGACAAGCUGCAUGGCAGGUUAUCUGAUGGCUGCCCUUGGUGAAGGAGAACCAAAUGGGACGGGGGUCUCUCUGAGUACCUUAUGCUGAGUACCUUAAGCAACAGGACCAGGUUUUAUGUGGUCUGGUGUGUAUUUCUUCACCUCAGCUCUGAGGUCACUUCUGCCCCUUGGCAUGGAUCAGAAUGGAGAGACGUUCUUGGCCUGUUUUGCCAUGUUUGCCAUGCCUCAGCCAAGCCAUAAGGCAAGAACCCAAAUGGUCCACUGUGAUCCAGUGGCGUAAGGAUUUCAAAACUGUUUCCUUAGUCAAUCAACACUUGAACUGAUGCGUUUGAAGCAAAGCUGGACUAAAUUGUUUUAUAAAAACGUCAUGGGAUUCCUUUGGCAAAGGAAGCCUGGUAGUUAUUUUACCCUUUUAGAGCAGAAAUCAUCUUGAAUUCAAUGGUUUUUUUUUUUUUUUUGAUGAACGAGAGGAACAACGGGGAGGGGUAUUGGUAAGCGCUUGUGGCCAUUUGUCAAAAAGGACUACUUGAAAAUACUGGAAUAAUCUGAAAAUUGAGGAUCACCGUUAGGCCUGACAUUUGUUUUUUCUUCUCUAGUCUACAAACGUGUGUGAAUGUCUACUUUUCCCUCAGACCUUCGUCUGUCCUGCCAGGGCUAUGCUUUUCUAAAAAGAGGCCCGUCACUUAAAUUUACAGGGACUGGGACAAUGUUCUUGGUUGUUGCCCCCUUAGUUAGAUGUGCCAGUUCUGCUGUUCUGAAAUCUGGUCUUGAUGGAGAUGGGGAAACAGGUAAAAUGGUGAUUUAGAAUCUAAUAAGGGCAGGGUCUCUCAGGGAGCAGAUCAUGAAAACCCCUUGUCAAAAUCCUUUAGCGGAUCAGCAAAGAACUGCUUUUUAGACACUUAUGUGAAGGUGGUGUUUAAGACUUCUACAGGGCUUCAUUCGUUCAUUAGUUCUUCUUGUUUAGUUAUGUGCAAAGAGGUAUAACAUGCUCAACAUGAUCAAGAUUAAGAAGAUGAUUGUUGUUUAAACUCUGUAUUUUGGAAUUAUAUUCCAUAAUUUCAGUUAUGGGAAUAACCUAAUCUCUACUCCACUUCAAAAUACUAACAAAAUCACUUUUUAUGGAGUAAAAUAACAGCAGAGUAACAGCAGAGAUGUUUUUUCACAUUCCUCCUGCUUCAAGAAGAUAUUUAAUAUAAGUCCAGCCAUGAAGUCAUGAUAGUCACCCACUUUUAAAGGUAUA